AUGCAUAAAGCGGCGAGUAGGCCACGCACAACGAGGCCCUGCAGCAGCAGCCGCAGCAGCAGCAGCAACAGCUGUAGCAGCAGCAGCAGCAGCAGCAGCAGCAGCAACAGCUGUAGCAGCAGCAGCAGCAGCAGAGGUAGCAGUAGCAGCAGCAGCAGCAGUAGCAGCUUCAUGGUUGUACAAGACAUCUCUCCAUGCGAUGCUGUGGCCAAGGCCUUCCCCGAUGCUGCUGCUGCCGUCUCCUUCUCCUGCAGCAGCUUUCUCUUCAGAUGCAGCAGCAAAGGGACUGACUUGUCCAGAGGGCCUCUCAUCCCCACGCAGCAGAAACACCAGCUUCAAGCAGCAGCAACAGCAGCAGCAGCAGCAACAGCAGCAGCAGCAGCAGCAGCAAAAGGAACAGCAGAUGUAAAUACACCCCAAAGCACUUUCCAUUAUUAUGGGAGGCCCCCAAGCAUUUGGGGGCCCCUUGCUGCGGCCUCGUGCAGCAGGGGCUGCUCUAGCAGCAGCAGCAGCAGCAGCAACAGCCAGCUCCGCAGCAGCAGCAGCAUUGGGGAGGAUGUUGCAGCAGCAGCCCGUGCUGCGCUGCAGCAGCAGCCGAUCUUUCCGUUUGCUGCUCUUGAGCAGCAGCUGCUGCAGUGGUGGGAGUCUCUCUCUCUCUUCUCGCCUGUAGCCCCACAGCAGCAAACCCCAGCAACACCAGCAGCAGCAGCAGCAGCAACAGCAGCAGCAGCAGCAGCAAAGGCCUUUUGCAUGCCCCCCCCUAAUCUAACCGGGUCUCUGCAUGCAGGGCAUCUCCUCAGUUUGACGCUGCAAGAUGUUCUCUUCAGGUUUCAAAGACAAAAAGAAAUAACCCCAUUAAAGCAGCAAAUGCUGCUGCAGCAGCAGCAGCAGCAGCAGCAGCAGCAGCUGUACAGAGAGCAGCAGGAGCAGGAUAGGGAGCUGCAGCAUCAGCAGCACAAAGAGAAGCAAAUGGAGGUGCAGCAGCACCAGCAGGAGCUGCAGCAGCUGCAGCAGAACCAACAACACGAUCAGCAGCAGCAGCAGCAGCAGCAGUUGCUGCGAUCCUUUUGGGUUCCUGGUGUAGACUAUGCUGGCUUAGGGCUUCAGCUGCUGUUUGAGCGGCAUCUGAACAAAAAGAGACAAAGGAGACAGCUCUCUGCUCGCUGCUGCACCAGCUGUCUCCGCUGUCUUGUUAGCAGCGCCUUCCUAAAGGGAAGGGGGCUUCAGCUGCUAGACUCGCAGCAGCUGCUGCAGCUGCAGCAGCUGCAGCAGCAGGAGCAGCAGCAGAAGCAGCAGCAGCAGCAGCAGGAACAGCAGCAGCAGCAGUCUCUUUUGGGUUCCGAAGGCAGUGAGGCUCCUAUGAAUAUCUCGUCCCUGGAAAGCAGCAGCAGCAGCAGCAGCAGCUGCUGCUGCAGCAUCAGCAGCUGCUGCAGCAGCAAGUGCAGCAGGAAGGAUUGUUUGCAGCACCUGCUGCUGCUGCAGCGUUGGCUGCGGCUAUGCAGCCACCGCAUUUAUGAGCAGCAGCGGCAGCUAGGCCUAGGCUGCUGGUGGGGCAGCAGCAGCAGCACCGUUGAUGCUGCUGCUGUGUCUCUUGCACGCGAGGCCUUUGUGCUGCUGCAGCAACAAGGAUUAAUAAAGAGACAGCUGGCGCCGCUGCAGACGCUGAGACAGCGAAAAGGAGACACCUGCCCCACAGUUGUUGUUCCGACUGAACUCCUAGAGCUGCCAGCACUGCAGCAGCAGCAGCAGCAGCAGCAGCAGCAACAGCAGCAACAGGAGACACAGGAAGCGCUCUUGGCUUCUUUGCUGCUCACAGGCAAGUGGGAUGGGGGACUUUUCAUAGAGGCGCCUCUCACCGACUGCAGCAGCAGCAGCAGCAGCAGCAACAACAGCAGCAGCAGCAGCAGCAGCAGCAGUGGGAAGAGGGAAGAAGUACAGCGGCUGCUGCUCCCCGUGCGGUCGCUACGAGAUCUGCUGCACGUUGCUGCUGUCGUCACAGAUGAUGCGGCUGGCUUCCAAGAGCUGCAGCAGCAACGGGAGCAGCAGCAACAGCAGCAGCAGCAACAGCAGCAGCAGCAACAGCAGCAGCAGCAACAGCAGAUGGCAUUCCUGCCACUGCUGCAGCGCAGCGUCCCGUUUCUGCUGCAGGAGCGGGGACAGAAAAGGCAUCCUCAUGCUGCAGCAGCCAGUCAGCACAUCACUCACUGCACCUGCAGCAGCAGCAGCAGCAGCAGCAACAGCAGCAGCAACAAUAGCAGCAACAACAGCAGCAGCAGCAGCAGGGGUAGGAGGGAUUUGCUUCCUGCAUUUGCUGCUUUGAAAUGGGAACCGAUCCCAGGAGCGGCGCAGCUGCCAGCCUGCGUCGAAGCAGCCCUGCGAUUUGCUGCUGGACAGCAGCAGCAGCAGCAGCAGCAGCAAGAAGAGCAGCGGUCCCACCGCCAGCAGGAAGAGGAAGAGCAGCAGCGGCAGCAGCAGCAGCAGGUAGCACGCGAAAAGGCUGUGCUAGCAGUUUUGCUGCUGGCUGGGGAGCUGCGUAUACACCUGAGCAGAGACACCCCACAGGAGUUUAUGUGCAGCUUAAGGAGACAGGAGACAGUUAGCAGAGUUAAACCCCAGUGGCACUUCGACACAAAACAAGCAGCAGCAAACGUACUCCGUCUCCUCUGCCCCACAACCCCCCAGCAGCAGCAGCAGCAGCAGCAGCAGCAGCAGCAGCAGCAGCAGGCGAGCUGUAUGAACGCUGAGGCGUCAGAACCUUCCCGUGAGGGUCUAAGGAAGCCUGAAGAGGCAGUAUGCAGCAGCAUCAGCAGCAGAAGCAACAACAACAACAGCAGCAGCAGCAUUAGCAGCAGCAACUGCAGCAGCAACAGCAGCAGCAACAGGGGUAUGGAGGUGCUGCCGUCUCGUUAUUUCAAUGAGUUGCUGCAGCAGGUGCAGCUGGGGGCCCCUUGGUGUCUCAGCCGCCAGGCCUGGUGGGGUGUCCCUAUCCCUGCCUAUCUAAUCAGAAUCAAACCCCACAAACAGCAGCAGCAGCAGCAGCAGCAGCAGCAGGGGGAGCAGCAGCAGCAACAGCAGGGGGAGCAGCAGCAGCAGCAGCAGGGGGAGCAGCAGCAGCAGCAGCAGCAGGAAGAGAAGGAAGAAGUGCCUCUAUGCCAACGAAUAGUAGCAGCAGCAAGGGCCCUCGACAGCAGCAAGGAGCUGCUGCAGCAGGAAGGGACAAAUGAAGUGUCUCCUCUCAGCAGCGCGCGACUACGGGAGAGGGUUUUAAAUGCAUAUUCUGCUGCUAUUAAAGAAAUGCAGCAGCAGCAGAAACAAGUAAAGCAGCAGCAACAGCAGCAGCAACAACACACGGGGCCGCAAGAGACGCCUCGCAACCACAUGAUAGACAAUUCAGCUGACUUGCUGCUGCCGCAGGUUUGCUGCUGCUGCACCGGAACAGCAGCAGCAGCAACUGCUGCUGCUGAGGCACAGGAGUUUGCAAUUGCUGCUCUGGAUGAGGAGACAGCAAAGAAAAAGGCUGCUCUUCUGAUUCAACAGCAGCAGCACCAACAACAACAGCAGCAGCAGCAGCAACAGCAGCAGCAGCAGCAGCAGCAGCAGCAGCAGCAGCAGCAGCAGGUCGAGUUUGAGCAGCAGCAGCAGCAGCAGCAGCAGCAGCAGCAGCAGCAGCAGCAGCAGCAGCAGCAAGAAGAAGAACAGAAGGGAAAGGGACAGGCAGCAACAGAUGCUCCGCAGCCGCAGCAACCGCAGCAGCGGCAGCAGCAGCAGGAUCCUCAGCAGCAGCAGCAGCAGCAGCAGCAGCAGGAUCAGUCUCAGCAGCACCAGAACCCUCCCCAGCAGCAGCAGCAGCAGCAACAGCAGCAGCAAGAGCAGCAGCAGCAACAACCUGAUUCAGUUAAUGGUCCUUCUCUGUUUCUUGCCCCUCGUUUCUUUCCUUAUUCUUGUGUUGUUACUGGGAAUGAUAUUUUAUCAUUUUGGGUGUAUAGGCAGCUGCUGCUGUCUGCUGCGCUGCUGCAGCAGCUUCCUUUUGAUCGUUUGCUGCUGCACCCGCUGCUGACAGACAGCAGCGGCAGCAAACUCAGCAAAUCGAAGGCAAACGCCCCUAAAGGCCAACUGGACCAAUGGACCACUCAGUAUGGGACUGACGCACUCAGGCUGUCUCUUGCUGCUGCUGCUGCCUCCUCUCGCUUUACUUCAAUUUGUAAUAUUCAAACGCAGCGCUUCGCUCGCCUUAUCAUCAAAAUUUGGAAUGCAGCGAGGCUGCUACUGCUGCUGCGCGAGAGGCCGCAGCAUUGCAGCCGCUGUGCCGAAGCAGCAGCAGCAGCAGCAGCAGCACUAGCAGCAGCAGAGUUGCAGUGUACGCCCACCUUCGUCAGUUCCCUCUCCCUUGCUCAGCGCGCUGCUCUGAGCAGCAGCAGCAGGGCGUGUGAUGAGGUGUACAUACACCUCAACAAAGGAGAUGUCGCUGCUGCUGCUGCGCUGCUGUGGGAGUUCUCUGUCGAAUUCACAGAAGGCAUUCUUCCUGCUGCUCAAGCUGAGUUCAAACUAGCAGAAAAUAUAUGUAAACAGCAGCAGCAGCAGCAGCAGCAGCAACAGCAGCAGCUGGACCAGCAGCAGAUGCAGCAGCACGAGCACUAUCAAAAGCAGCAGCAGCGGGAACAGAACCCCGAGCAUCAGCACCAACGGCAGCAGCUGCAUCAACCGCAGCAGCAACAGCAGCAGCAGCAACAACAGCAGCAGCAACAACAGCAGCAGCUGUUGCUGCAGCAGAACAGGAUGAGAGAACGGGGCUAUGCAUGGCUUGCAAUAUUAGGAAAGAUAUUUGCUGCUUUUCUUCGUUUGCUGCAGCCGUUUGCUCCCUUUGUAAGCGAUGCUCUUCACUUAGCACUCGCUUCAGGUGUACCGCCACCUCAGCUGCAACCCUGCAGCAGCAGCAGCAGCAGCAGCAGCAGCAGCAGCAGCAACAGCAGCAGCGGCGGCAGUAACGCAAGCAGCAGCAACUGCAGCAACAAGAUGAACAGCAGCAGCAGCAGCGCGAACAGCAACAGCAGCAGCAGCAAAAGCAGCAGCAACAGCAGCAGUGAAGCAGAUGGUUAUACCCCUCUGUUAUGCAGCCCUUGGCCUUCAUUAGGGGCUUGCAGAGACGCAGCAGCAGAAAACAGCUUCAAGGUGCUACGUGCUGCUGUCUCCUCUGUUCGAGGCUUGCUGCAUAAACGCUACAAACUGCAGCAGCAGGAGCAGCAGGAGCAGCAGCAACGGGAACAGCAGCAGCAACUGCAGCACGACCAGCAGCAGCAAGAGCAGCAGCAGAAGCAGCAGCGAUGCACGGUGUCAGUUUGCUGCAGCGAGGAGACAGUUGCAGAAUCUCUAAAGGAGACAGUUCCUCUUAUUGCAGCUUUGUGCGGCUUGGCUCCUGAGUGCUUCUCCGUAACAGCAUCAAAGCAGCAGCAGCAGCAGCAGCAGCAGCAGCAGCAGCAGCAAGGUUUCUUAGACUCUCGAGUUCUUUUGCUGCGGGGAGACAGCACAAAUAGCAACAGAGGGAGAGGAGAUCGCGCAGUGAAGCUUCAUGUUUCGCUUUGCUUCGAGGGAGACAGCAGCAGCAGCAGCAGCAGCAGCAGCACUAGCAGCAGCAGCACUAGCAGCAGCAGCAGCAGCACUAGCAGCAGCAGCAGCAGCAGUUCAGGUGUACGUACACGCCGUCGGCUUUCUCUGCAACGCAAGCUGCAGGAUUUGCAGCGGAGGACAGCAGCACCAGACUUCUACCAACGGGCCCCUCAGCAUAUAAAGGAGAAGUUGAAGUGCCGCCUAGCAGAGCUGCAGCAGUCUCUACUAGAAAUAGAAGACACCCCACACAGCAGCAGCAACUAG